AUGUCCGAGGAUCACCAGAAGCAGAUCGAGGAGCUGCAGCAGCAGCUCCAGAAGCUCCAGGCUCAGAACAACCCCCAGUACGAUGGCUACCAGACCUCUCUGACCACCCGCUACUGCAGCGCUGCCAUGUCGAACCUCUUCAGCCAGCGUUCCAGACAUUCGACCUGGCGCAAGCUUUGGCUGGGUCUUGCUGAGAGCGAGAAGGAGCUCGGAAUUGACACCAUCUCCGCCGAGGCCCUUGAAGAGAUGAGGGCUCAUCUCACCGUCACUGACUCGGAUUUCGAGGUCGCCCGUGUUGAGGAGAAGAUUCGUAGACAUGAUGUUAUGGCUCACGUCCAUGCGUUCGGAGCCGUGGCCCCAUCCGCUGCAGGGAUCAUUCACUAUGGCGCAACCAGCUGCUUCGUCACUGACAACGCCGAGCUGAUUCUUAUGCGAGAGGCCAUGGACCUUCUUCUCAAGAAGCUGGCCAAGGUCAUUUCGAACUUGUCUGCCUUUGCUCUGAAGUGGAAGGGGGAACCUACCCUUGCCUACACCCAUCUUCAGGCUGCUCAGCUGAUCACCGUCGGAAAGCGAGCCGCUCAAUGGGUCCAGGACCUCAUGUUCGACCUUGAGAGCAUUGAGCAAGUUCGAAAGGACCUCAAGUUCCGAGGUGCUCAAGGAACCACUGGAACACAGGCCUCGUUCCUGGAGAUCUUCCAGGGUGAUUCUGCCAAGUGCGACAAGCUCAACGACCUCCUGUGCGAGAAGUUCGGAUUCCCUGCUUGCUAUGACGUGUCCACCCAGACCUAUACUCGCAAGGUCGACCUGGUUGUUGCCAACGCCGUUGCUGGCCUUGGUGCCACUGCACAGAAGAUCUGUGGAGACAUCAGGCACUUGGCUCACUGGAAGGAGAUUGAGGAGCCCUUCGAGAAGUCUCAGAUCGGAUCUUCGGCUAUGGCCUACAAGAGAAACCCCAUGCGCUCUGAGCGAGUGUACAGUCUGGCUCGUGAGCUGAUGUCCAAGCCCACCAACUUUGCCAACACCCUUUCCGACCAGUGGGCGGAGCGUACACUCGACGACUCUGCUAUUCGCCGUAUCGACAUCCCUGAGAUGUUCCUCCUCGCCGAGGCCAUCCUCAUCGGCCUCGACAACAUCUCGGAUGGCCUGGUGGUCUACCCCAAGCGAAUUAACGCACGUGUCCAAGAGGAGCUUCCUUUCAUGAUCACCGAGACUAUCAUCAUGAGACUGGUCGCCCAGGGAGCUUCGAGACAGGAGGCCCAUGAGGAGAUUCGUGUCCUUUCCCACGAGGCCGGCUAUGAGGUCAAGAAUGAGGGCAAGCCCAACGACCUGGUCGCUCGCAUGAAGAGCAAGGACUUCUUCAAGCCCAUCUGGGGUGAACUAGACAACAUGCUCAAGGCCGAGCUUUACACUGGUCGCAGCGCAGAAAUUGUUGACAAAUACUGCGGUCCUGGAGGCCCGGUGGAGAAGAGGCUGGCUCCCUACCAGAAGCACAUCCAAGAAUCUGCUACUGCGCAGCUGAAUGUCUAA